AUGACAUCCGUUGAAGAGCGCACCCCUUUACUGGGCGAAGAUGGCACAUACCACGAUGGGCACGUCCCGGCGUCAGUCGCCCGUCGACUCUAUGUCUCGCACUUUUUGUCCACUUGGAAUUCCAGAGUCUUCGAAUUCGGGGCGGUGCUCUACAUGGCAGUUGUCUUCCCCGGGACGUUGCUGCCCAUGUCCCUGUAUGCUUUCGUGCGUGGGCUGUCUGCCAUCAUCUUGGCCCCGGCAGUUGGGUGGUACAUUGACACCGGGAACCGGCUUCAAGUCGUCCGUGUCUCCAUUGUUUUUCAGAGGCUGGUCGUCGCAGCAUCGUGCGCCAUCUUCUAUGCGUUAGCGGUCGAUCUCCCACUCGGCUCCGGUGUAAGAGCAGGGCUACUCGCGGCAGUCACAAUCUUAGCCUGCGUCGAGAAGCUAUGCUCGAUAUUAAACAUGGUCUCCGUUGAGAAAGAUUGGGUUGUGGUUGUAUCACAAAGAGACUCGGAAGCGCUUCGAACCAUGAAUGCUCAGAUGCGGCGGAUCGACCUCCUCUGCAAGUUGUUUGGGCCCCUGUUCAUCGCCAUGGUGGACGCUCGAUCCUCACGGGUGGCAAUCAUUAUCAAUUUUGGAAUGAAUGCUGCGUCUCUCCCCAUCGAGUAUCUGGCCAUCGCUCGAGUCUACUACCAGAUUCCCGAGCUGCAAGUGGCAAAGACGCAGUCGCAGCGCAGCACUGCACCACAAGCAGAGUCGCCCCAUGCGACCAAGUCUCCAGUCAGUAGUGCUUGGAAAUCAAUGGUUGGAAUGGUUCGACAGUCUGCACGGGACUUUUCCAUAUACUUUAAGCAUCGAGCCUUUCUCCCGUCCAUGGCCGGCGCCAUUCUAUACCUCACGGUUCUGAGCUUUGGAGGUCAGAUGGUUACAUAUCUCCUUUCUUCGGGCUAUUCAUCCAUGCAGGUCGGCAUUGCGAGGACCUUUGGUGUGAUACUCGAAGUCCUGUCCACAUGGGCGGCACCUUGGCUGAUGGGACGGAUCGGGGCGAUAAGAGCCGGUCUUUGGAUGAGUAGCUGGCAAGUCGUGAACUUGGCCGCGGGAGUCACCAUCUUCUGGAUAUUUCAGGGAAAAGACCCCAUCGUUUCAGCAAGCGGGCUGGUUGGGGGUACGGUCCUGAGCCGUCUGGGGCUGCGAGGAUUCGACUUGUGUGUGCAGCUUAUUGUUCAGGAGGAGGUCGAAGCCGAACACCGCGGCGUCUUUUCGUCCGUCGAAGCGGCCUGGCAGAAUGCCUUUGAGCUC